AUGUCUGACAAGGAAAUUGUUGGGAAAGCCUUCUUGGAUUUGGCAAAAUACGAAGAAGAUGUUGCAAAGGUUGAAGAUGAUAUUGAACAUUAUAGGUUGAAGAUGAUGCAACCAAUGGUUGAAAGAAGGGACAAUAUUAUCAAAAAUAUACCCGAAUUCUGGAAAAUAGUAUUAUCUCAGCACACUAGUUUUGCUGAUUUUAUAAGAGCUUCUGAUUUCAAGUAUAUUGACCUAAUUGAUAAAGUUAAGGUUGAUUGGUUAAUCAUUGAGGAUCCAAAACAAUACUCCGUGGGUGAUUUCAGGAUAACAUUGCAUUUCAAUAGUAUUGAUGAUGAUUUUAACGAGCAGACAGUAUCUAAGGUAUUCAAAUUGAUCAAAGGUGAUAUAAAUGAGGGUGAUACUGAUGAUGAGACCGAAGAGGAGAGAUUGGUGAGUGAGCCAGUUGACAUUCAAUGGCCAAAAAGCUACGAUUCAAUUAAUCCAUCAUUAAUCGAAGACAAACACAGUAAAGAAGGUAAGAAGAGUUAUCGUCAAGGUAUGAAAUCAUUUUUUGGAUGGUUUAAGUGGACAGGGAAGAAACCUGGUAAGGAGUUUCCACAUGGAGACUCACUUGCUACCUUAUUCAGUGAAGACAUUUAUCCUUACUGUGUCAAGUACUAUACGGAAGCCCAAAGAGAUUUGGAAGACGAAGAAGAGGAUGACUCAGAGGACAACAGCAGUGAGGAACCGCUUGAUUUGGAGGUUGAGUCCGAAAGUGAGGAAUCUGAUAAAAAGAGAAGAAAAAUUUAA